GUGUUGUCGCCCCGGAAGUACUCCCCUUCCCGCCACCGGGUCAGGUCAAGAUGGCGACGCGCUCCGUGUGAAGGAGGUCGAAGGAGCCGAGAACAUGUUUAAGACGCCAUGUAGUCGACUCACAGGUUUGUUUGGAGUAAGCAUACAACAAAAACUGGUGGGCCAUCAUGGGCCGCGAUGCAACCAGACCGCUCGCAGCCUCCUCCAGCUGCACAGAAGAGAGCCGUCACACUGGCUGACCUAUCAGCAUCUCAUCUUCCUGAAACGGCAGUAUGUGGCCAAGAACGUCGGAGAGCUCCACCAGCGCGUCGCCCCCAAGCAGGCCCCCGCGCUCUCCGUGGUGGACGAGGCCCACGAUGCCGUCGAAAGGCAGGUCCAGAGAGUUCCCGUCAUCCAGUCGCCGGUUGCAGAGGAAACCUCCGUCUCAGUCGCCCCGGAAACGUCCGGUGUGGCCACCGAAACCUCGCAGGAGACGCCCCACGUUUACGUGGAGAUGGACAAGGCCCGUGAAGCUCGUCUGGACCGACAGUGGAAGCAGCUGAAGGUGGACGUGGCCGACCUGCCGGACGUCUACGCCCGGCUCAGCAAAAUAAAACUCACAGCACUCGUGGUUAUGACUGCGGCUGCUGGUUACGCAAUGGCCCCGGUGCCCUUUGACCCCCUCAUCUUCUCGGUGUCGUGCCUGGGAACGGGUCUGGCCUCCUGUGCAGCCAACUCCAUAAACCAGUACUUUGAGGUGCCUUUCGACUCCAACAUGAACCGAACCAAGAACCGACCGCUGGUCCGAGGGCAGAUCAGCCCCCUCCACGCCGUGACCUUCGCCCUGGCGUGCGGCGUCUCCGGAGUGGCCCUGCUGACGUGGGCGGUGAACCCCCUGACGGGCUUCCUGGGCGCCCUCAACAUCGCCCUGUACACCUGCUGCUACACGCCGCUCAAGAGGCUCACCAUCGCCAACACGUGGGUGGGCGCCGUGGUGGGCGCCAUCCCGCCCGUCAUGGGCUGGACGGCCGCAACGGGCUGCCUGGACGCAGGUGCGCUGGUGCUGGGCGGCUUCCUGUACAGCUGGCAGUUCCCCCACUUCAACGCCCUCAGUUGGAACCUGAGGGAGGACUACUCGCGCGGCGGCUACCGCAUGAUGUCGGUCACGCACCCCGCCAUGUGUCGCCGCGUGGCCCUGCGUCACAGCCUGGCGCUGGUGGGCCUCUCCGCGCUGGCGCCGGCGCUGGGCGUGACCACGUGGAUCUUCCCCGCCGCGGCGCUGCCCAUCAACGCUUACAUCAGCUUCCUGGCCUUCCGCUUCUACCGCCGGGGCGACCGCGCCAGCGCCCGAAAGCUGUUCUUCUGCAGCCUGUGGCACCUGCCUUUGCUGCUGCUGCUGGCGCUCACCUGCAAGAAGCCUCGCCAGGAACGUCAGCGCCACGCCGACGCCGCCGCCCCGCGCAGCUGACCCGGCGCUCCCAAAGAGGGGACGGACACUUCCUUUUCACACAGGUGCUCUUUUUUCCGUAAAAGACCGAUCAUAAUGAUGUGUGCACUGUAAAUAUGUAUUUAUUUAUGUCAAUAUGUGACCGUGGCUUAAAUAGACUAAGUACACUUGGCUAAGUACACUGUGUUCUUUGUCAUUACCAAUACAAGCUCGUUCAUCAUUUGCUCAUUUAUGAAAGUAGAAAUGAGAACAAUCAAUUGUGGAAAAAAAUUUCUAUUUUCCUUCUAGUUGCACAGAUGGCCUGAAAAUGUCUUUGUAAAAAAGUUUAAAAAAACAACGUAUAGUUUUUCUUUAAUCGAUUUUCAUAAAUUAGAAAUUAAUAUCCAUCCAUCCAUCCAUUUUCUACCGCUUAUUCCCUUUUUUGGGGUCGCGGGGGGCGCUGGCACCUAUGAGGUGGCGACUUGUCCAGGGUGUACCCCGCCUUCCGCCCGAUUGUAGCUGAGAUAGGCGCCAGCGCCCCCCGCCACCCCAAAAGGGAAUAAGCGGUAGGAAAUGGAUGGAUGGAUAUUUUUUCUUUAAUCGAUUUUCAUAAAUUAGAAAUUAAUAUCCAUCCAUCCAUCCAUUUUCUACCGCUUAUUCCCUUUUUUGGGGUCGCGGGGGGCGCUGGCGCCUAUGAGGUGGCGACUUGUCCAGGGUGUACCCGCCUUCCGCCCGAUUGUAGCUGAGAAAUUAAUAUAGCAUAGGAAUAAGUUAGAACAAAAAAAAAAUCGAUUCACAUCUGAAUCGCGAUUCGAUUUUUUCCGAUUUUUAAUCGAUUAAUAAUUCGCAAAAAUCGAUUAAUAACAGUUUUUCCUUUUUUUUAAAAAAUUAAAAUAAUUGUUAAAAAUAUGUUUUUAGGCUCCUCUUGGUUACAUUAAAGUGGCUUAAAAAUGUUUUUCUCAAAAUUCCAUCCAUUUUUUCCAUCCGUUUCCUACCGCCUAUUCCCUUUCGGGGUCGCGGGGGGCGCUGGCGCCCAUCUCAGCUACAAUCGGGCGGAAGGCGGGGUACACCCUGGACAAGUCGCCACCUCAUCGCAGGGCCAACACAGAUAGACAGACAACAUUCACACACUAAGGACCAUUUAGUGUUGCCAAUCAACCUAUCCCCAGGUGCAUGUCUUUGGAGGUGGGAGGGGCCUAUCCCCAGGUGCAUGUCUUUGGAGGUGGGAGGAAGCCGGAGUACCCGGAGGGAACCCACGCAUUCACGGGGAGAACAUGCAAACUCCACACAGAAAGAUCCCCAGCCUGGAUUUGAACCCAGGACUGCAGGACCUUCGUAUUGUGAGGCAGACGGACUAACCCCUCUUCCACUGUGAAGCCCUUUCUCAAAAUUAUUUCUUAAAUAAGAAAAUUACUUAUUUUUGUCUCGAUUGAUUUUCAUGAAUCAGGAAUCAAUUUAGAAUCAGGGUAAAUAGGAAUAAUAAAAAAAAAAAAACGAUUCACAUUAGAAUUGCAAUUUUCAUUCAUCCUUAUUUCUUUUUAUAGAAAUAAAUUGUUAAAAAUAAGUUUUAGGCUUUUUCUAGUUGCUUAGAGGUGACUUAAAAGCAUAUUUUGUAACAAAUAUAUAUAUUUAGAUCAAAAAAUAACUUUUCUGUAAUCGAGCUUCAUAAAUCAGGAAUCUAUUAAGAAUUAGGAUGAAUAAGAAUUAGACAAAUUCACAUCCACAUUGCGAUUCUAAUAUGUCCUAAUUUUAAAUAAUGAAUACAAAUAAUAAUGAAUAAAUAAAUAAUGAUGGCCUAAAACAUAGUUGUACAAAUGUAUAAUUUUAUACAUAUAUAUAUACACACAUCCAUGCAUACAUAUAUACUAGGGGUGUAACGGUACGUAUAAUUGUAUCGAACCGUUUCAGUACGGGAAUUUUGGUUCGUCACGCGGGCGUACCGAACAAGUUCGGAAGCAGAAGUCUUCACAAGCUGCUCUGCUUUCUACCUCUUUCUCUGCCUCAUUGUCCCGCCCACACAACCAUCUGAUUGGUUACAUACAAAGCCAAUCAGCAGUGGGUAUUCAGACUUCAGAACGAUGUAGUCAAUGCUUUAGCGUCGAGGACUGCGAGGAGAUAUUCGUCUAGCAGGGGAGGAGCGGACUCUACCCAAAUUAUACUAAACACUUCCCAGUCACAACUAUUACAAACAUCACUAUGAGCCCGUUGACCUUCUAGAAACUUAAACUGCAGCUCAGCUCGCUCACAGUAUAGGCUUGAGGUGAAGGCUAAUUAGCUUUUAGCAUAACGUUAGCUCAUUUUUCUGUGUGUGAGUGUGUGUGUGCGUUCGUGUGUGUGUUAGGGGCAGCAAAGCCUUGUCUGUUAUUUCAUUGAACUCCAUUGUGUUCAGGGAUGAAUAGUCUCUCCUAUUGCAAUUGUACUAUUUUUCAGCUAUAGUUACAUGAAUCAUUAGUAAUGUAGCAGCUUAGUUUUGAAUAGCAGGGUCCCUGCUAUCACAUGUUGAUAAAAAUACAACAUUUACAUAAUAAAAGUCAACUACAGGCUUCCCAAAUGCUGUAAUAAAUUAAGCAUGAUGAGUUGACAUUAAACGGUUUCAAUGGAAACUGUUUAAUGUUGCACUUUUUAUAUGUAGAAGAAAGUUUUUGUCAUUUUAUUUCAUCAAAGCAACAACUUGAGGCAGUUUAAUGUGGAUUAACGUGGGCAGAAUUAUUAUAGUGUUCCUAAUGUUAAAAGGAUAAAGCCAUUGUUUACAAAUUUGGUAAAUAAAUAACCAAAAAAUGUAUAUUUUUUUGAUUUCUUACUGUACCGAAAAUGAACCGAACCGUGACCUCUAAACCGAGGUAUGUACCGAACCGAAAUGUUUGUGUACCGUUACACCCCUAAUAUAUACAUACAUAUAUAUAUAUAUAUAUAUAUAUAUAUAUAUAUAUAUAUAUAUAUAUAUAUAUAUAUAUAUACACUUUUUUUGUUAAAUAACAUAAUUUUUUUUCAAUCGAUUUUCAUACAUUAGGAAACUAUUUAGAAUCAGGAACAUCUUUUAAAAAAAAAUUCACAUCCAAAUCGCAAUUCUUACUAGUCCUGAUUUUAAUAAAUCUAUUAGUAAUUUUCAAAAUCGAUUCCUAACAUUUCUCUUUUUAUGUUAAAAAAUAUGUUUUUAGGAUCCUUCUGGUCGCAUUAUGAUGGCCUAAAACAUAGUUGUACAAAUUUUAUUUUUUUAUAUAUAUAUAUGUAAAACAUGUUUUUUUCAAUCGAUUUUCAUAAAUUAGGAAACAAUUUAGAAUCAGGAUGAAUAAGAACAUUUAAAAAAAAAAAACGAUUCACAUCCGAAUCACGAUUCUUAGUCUCGAUUCUGAAUCAAUUCAUAAUGUGCAAAAAUCGAUUCAUCAAAAAACAAAAAUAUUUUUUUAUAAAAGGAAAUGUUCAAAAAUACGAUUUGAGGUUGCAUAGAUGGCCUAAAAACAUUGUUUUAAAAAUGUAUUCUUGUGUAAAAAAUGAUAUAUUUUUUUUAUUGUAUUUAUAAAAAAUGUUUUUUAAUUAAGUUUCAUAAAUUAGGAAUCGAUUAAGAAUUAGGGUGAAUAAGAACUUGACAAAUUGAGUCACAUCCAAAUUGCGAUUCUUAUUUGUCCCGCUUCUAAUUGUUUUGCAGAAAUCGAUUCAAAAGAAAAUAUAAAGUUACAAAACUCUUUUUAGGCUCCUGGUUCCAUAGAGGUGUCUUAAAAACAUCUUUGUAAAAAAGCACCAUUUUUUGUUUUUUGUUUUAUCCAUCCAUCCAUCUUCUUCCGCUUAUCUGAGGUCGGGUCGCGGGGGCAACAGCCUAAGCAGGGAAGCCCAGACUUUUUUUUUUUAAAUUUUUCUCAAAUCGAUUUUCAUAAAUUAGGACUCGAUUUAGAAUCGGGAUGAAUAAAAAAAAAAAAAAUCGAUUGACAUCCAAAUGGUGAUUCUUAUUGGUCCUGAUUCUUGGUCGAUUCCUAGUGUUCAAAAACUGAUUCAACAUUUUUUUUUUUUUUUAAUUCAUGUCAGUCAUUUUUUAAACGGACAUUUUUAGGCCGUCUCCAUGGCAACAGAAUGAACUUUUCUCACCUGAAACUUGCUUUGAAAAAGUGUCAUUACAUCUAUUAUACAAAAUAUAUCCAGAAUGUAUUCUGAAUGGAAUCGUGACCGGAUGGAAUGUUCCGGUGCCCAAAGACUCCCACGCUGUGUACUUCCUGUCACUCUUCUUCUGCUUUUACUUCAAAGGUGCUGUUCUCGUUUUAAAGCUACAUCCCUCAUUCAUCUUGUUUGGGGCAGGAAAAUAAACGUGACUUUUCAACGUU